UUAAAAACACUUUUCCCUUUAACAGGCUGGCUGGAUCAACUGAUCGGGGUUCCGUCCCAGGAACGUUUGAUUCUGCCCACUCUGGUUGUUUUUUCAAACCUUUCUCCUUUAAGAAGCCUCCCAUCUGAUCUGCUGGAAAAGGAGGGAAGCGAAACUAACUUUCAAAGGGAAGCGAAACUAAUUCUCUCUCUCUCUCUCUCUCUCUCUCUCGGCGGAGGAGGCGGCGAUGGCGGCCGGGGCGCCCGUGCUGGACCUGCUGGAAGAAGCCACCUGCCCCCUUUGCCUGGAGUAUUUCCCGGACCCCGUGCUCAUCCCCGAGUGCGGCCACAACUUCUGCCGCAGCUGCUUGACCCGCAGCUGGGGGGAAUCGCCGUCGGAGGCUUCCUGCCCCCAGUGCAGACGGACCUUUUGUCCCAGGAACAUCCUCGCGAACAGGCAGCUGGCGCGUGUGGUGGAGAUCGCCCAGCGCUGCGACCCUCGGGGCGAGGAAGGAGGGAGCUUCUGCAGGAUGCACCGGGAGCCCCUCAAACUCUUCUGUCAGGACCACGAGACCCUCAUCUGCGUGGUCUGCGACCGAGCCCGAGAGCACAGGGACCACCGGGUGACUCCUCUGGAGGAGGUGGCUCUCCAGGAGUAUCGGAGCAAGGUUGGGGAUUGCCUGAAGGCUCAGAAGGAGGAGAAAGAAAAAAUUCUUACAUACAGAAGAGAAACAGAACGAAAAAUGGAGCAGAUGCUUGACCUAAUCAAAAAAGAGAGAGAAAACACAGUGGCUGAGUUCAGAGAACUACGACGUUGCUUGGAAGAACAGGAGAAGCUUCUGCUGGCCAGAAUGGAAGAGACGGAGAAGGAGAUUAUGGCAAUAAGGGACAAGUGGCUUGCCAAACACAUUGAGGAACUUUCCUCUCUUGAGGAUCUCAUCCAGGAGAUAGAGGAGAAGCUUCAGUGGCCAGCAAGCAAACUCUUACAGGACAUAGGAAGCGUCUUGGAGAAGUAUCAGGCAAAAAAGCCAUCAAAGAUUCCAGUGGCUUUUCCUCUAGAGCUGAAGUGGAGAAUCUGGGAUUACAGUGACAUCAGUGUGUUUCUGAAAGGCAUCAUGAAACAAUUCAGAGAUAAUCUGGAAUUUGGACUUCAACUGCAGAAAGUAAAUGUCAUUCUGGAUCCAGACACAGCCCAUCCUGGCCUCGUCCUCUCCGAAGAUCGUAAAAGCAUCAGAGCAGUUGAUGAAGAUCAAUGCCUUCCCAAAAACCCUGAGAGAUUUGAAAAUUGGCUAUAUGUCCUUGGCUGUCAGGGGUUUUCAACAGGGAGACAUUUCUGGGAAGUCACUGUAGGAAAGAAGGAGGAAUGGUAUGUAGGGGUUGCCAAAAAGUCAGUGAACAGAAAAGAUUACAUCGAAGUUUGUCCUGAGGAAGGGAUCUGGGAGGUUGGGAAAUGGGAAGGGAAAUACCGGGCCAACUUUCCCCCAAAAUACCCCACACUGGUCCCAACUGAGGAGCUCAAGAGCAUCCGAAUCUCUCUCAACUGUGAAGGGGGACAGGUGACCUUUUUUGAUGCCCAGACCGCAGCCCUGCUCUACACGUUCUCGGAAGCUCCCUUGGCUGGAGAGACCCUUCUGCCCUCCUUCUCUCUGAACAAUGAUGACUGUCUGACGCUCUCUCCCUAAAAGUGGGGACAUACAUGGAGAAAACUUUGGAAAAAUCUGUAUUUGCCAAGCAGUGAUCUCUGAAAGCCUGUAGAGCAAAAUUGCACAGAUAUAAAUACUGCCCCAAAUGGAAAUUGGCUUGGGGGAGGGAGGAUGUGUCCUACACAGAACCUGUGUCAAAGCUGUGCCUCAUGAUUACCUGCAUCUUCUUAUAAGUGUUUUGAAGAUGUACUGAUACAACCUUUGCAAAAAAUGAUUAACUAUUUUGGAAAAGGGAUGAAUACUAGAAAAUUUGAAAGGAGCGAAUAUUGGUUUAAUUCAUAAAGAAGGACAGGAUCUUACUUUACCAAAAAAAUGAUCCAUUUAUUUACUGAACCAUGACUACAAAAUAUUUACUGUGGUUUUAGCUGAAAGAAUGAAAGGUGUUUUGCAGGACUUUAUGCGUGAAGAUCAUUGAGGAAACCCACCUGAAAGAGAGUUGAGGGACAAUUUAAGAAAUAUUCUUAAUAUACUAGACUAUUUGGAAGAAUAUAAUGGAAAACUACCAUGUUGAUAUUUCUUGAAAUGGAGAAAGCAUUUGACAGUUUGGACUGGAUUUUUCUAUUUGAAAUUUUGCAAAAAAUGGAUUUUGGAGAUAACUUUAUUACAUGGGUAAAAGUGAUACAUAUGUCACAAACAGCACAAGUUCUAGUCAACCAAGCUCAGAGGACACCCAGCAGAAAUGCCUUCUCUACGAACCUCUCCGUCUAAUGGCCAUGCCUUCUCCUUCACUGGCUUCUUUUUAAUUUUAUUAUGCUAAACUACUUAUCAAAAAGAAAAUAUAAAUGCAUAUAGUAUUAAUAAAUGUUAAGAGUAG